UUAAAACAGAAUGGUGACAUGUGUGAUCUUGUAUUUGAGGUUGGCAGUAGUAGAUUUUCCAUUCAUCGGCUGGUUUUGGCAGUAUGGAGUCCUAUGAUGAAGAAUAUCUUACAGUGUCAUCCCUCGCUCAUACAGUGUAUACAAGUGUCUCACGAUGAGCCUAAUGUUUUUGAACAGUUCAUCAACUUCUUAUACACAGGUGAUAUUGCAUUCCAAAUCACCACUAUUUCAACAGUAUUAUUGCUGGCUUCAACAUUUCAAGUAAGCCAAAUAUAUUUUUCUUUAUCUUGAAGAGAAUAUCCUUCAAUUUAAUUUUGAAUUGAAUACUCAUAAAAAUUCUAUAUAUUUUUUAUGAAAAUUGGAUCUUAUUUUAUAUGCAUGUUUAAAUGAGUACUUUAUCAAUCCGUUUUUUAAAUGACAUGUUGAUAUAAUUUUGUGUUACUUAUAACUUACAUAAAAAUAACACUAUUUGAUGCCAACAAUUUUUUUAUAAAAUAGAUAGCUAUGGUAUUUAAAUUUAAGUUAUUAAUAAGGACUAUUUCAAAUCAAUAUUUUAAAAACUUAUACUUAUAAUAAAAUUAAAUUUUAAAACACUUGCUGCCCACAGAUCAGUCACCUGAGACAGGUAUGUGAAGAAUAUCUAAAGGCAAACAUGACUUCUGAUAAUGUCAUCAGUCUGUACCAAACAGCCAUUAAGUUUCAGCUCCCUGACCUGGAAUCACAGUGUAUACGUUUACUUAGGCAAAAUCUACCCGAGGUGGCUCAAAAACAGGGGCUCAGGGAGCUGUCUCCUGCACAGAUAAAUUACUUCCUUGGGUCAGAGCAUGUUUCAAAACUUGACCCUGAGAUGAAGCUGUUUCUGAUCAUUUCCUGGCUGACAGAGGAUGUAGCAGAGAGGCAGCAAUUUCUAGUCCUUUUACUAAAACACAUUGACUGGUCUGUAGUGGCGCAGGACUUUCUUGUGGAAAUCAGUCAAACAGAUAACUUUUUCACAUCAAAUCCAUCUUCCCUUUAUUUGCUGCUGCAAACACUCCACUCCUCCUCAAUUUUCCUCGGUCCCUAUGAGCAUCAGUUUGAAUCCCUGAGAGAGGAGUAUAACUAUCUCUUAAGCAGCGUUGUCACCAGCAGUGUCAAACUAGGCUCUGGUAAACCACAAGUCUUUACACCAAUUAGCUUCACAUUUCUUUCUUCAAAGCCUCUGAGAAACUCUGGAGGCUCAAAAGAUGGGAGCUUGCAUGAGAAGAGACUGAAAUCUAAAUUGAAAAAUGAUGAUAAACCUGCUGGUGUCCUGGAUGAUAUUGAGGACAGCAGCCAUGAUUCUUACGCUGAAGUCAACCUGAUAUUGUCAUCAAGUGCAAAUAAGCAAGAAUUUAACCAAUCCAGUUUUCCUGUUGAAAAUCAAAACAAGGUGGCCAAGAGCGAAAAACCUUUUCCAGUUUUUAAACCGGAAAUAGCUAUUCCAAAAGAAGGCAGCUUGAAAAGAAAACAACUGAGGCCUUGUAAAAUGAUUAAAGACUCUGGGACCAAAAGUACAUCUGUGAAUAAAAAUGUCUUCAGAGGCAAAAGAAUAAAGUUAACAAAAAGUAAUGAAGUUGGGAAUAUUGUUAAAAAACCAACUUUGAAAAGAUCUGGCCACAAAUCAUAUCAAGAAGGUAAAACUAUUUUUUCAUUACCUAUUUGAAGUUGUUGGAAAGGGUUUGCGAGAAGUUAUAAUUAUAAGGCCUUAAAUAAGUAAAUAUUGUUUAUUUUAAUACCUACAUUUUAAGAUCAUGCUUUUGCUAACUUUUAGGAUGGUUUGCAUGAACUUUGGCCCAUUAAUUUCUUAGAUAGGAAAUGAGUAAAACAAAGCAAGGUCAAGCCUGAAAAGGAAACGCAACUAAACAGUCUCUCCUCUUAUUGCCCUUUUAAUUUCUUAGACAUUUAUAUGAUAAAGUAGGUAUAGCUAAGUGUAACAUUUUUUAUACUGGUACAUUAAGAAUAUGAUAUUGAGUUUUCAUCAAAUUUAAGUCAUUUCUUGUAUUGUACAACAGAUUUGUCUUUGAAAAUGGCCUACAACUGAUAAAAGACAUACAAACAAAAUCUGCUGGAAUUUAGGACUUGGAGAGCUAAUUUUGCAAAUUGCUAUAAAUUAUCUAAUAUAUAAAUCCUUCAAUCAUAGUGGUGCUACUCAGGAAGAGUGAUCCUUCAAUCAUAGUGGUGCUACUCAAAGUGGUCCUCCAAACAUUGUAGAUUAUUUUUUAUUUGAUUAUCCAGAUGCAACACAAAUGACGUUAAUUAAAGAUGACACCACUACCGCCUACACAGAAGAAAAAUCUGGGGAUGACCUUGUGGCUAAAGUCAAGGAUACAAACAGUUUAGUUUUGAAAACUGAAAGAGGGGGUGAGGACAUGAAAAUAUUUUGUCAUACAUUACAAAUUUACAUUUUGUCACUUUAGGGAUUGCUGUAAUAGUGUCUUUCUUAGAGAAAACCUUUCUAGAUUCAAUUUUUUUUUAGAUACCUGGUAUUGUAUUAUAAUAUACUUUUGUAGAGACAUUUGGGAUAUUUUUAGCUCUUUCUUAAAAAAUUUUUACAUUUACAUUUGUGACAGCAAACAGAUAUGAGACCAGAAGAUCUGUCAGAACAAUAAAGUCUUACACUGGGAAUGAAAAGGUUUCCAUCACAACUGAAAGAAAAGACAAGGACAAGAAGAGAGGAAAACCUCUCAGUCUCACAUGCACAGAGUGCGAGUUUAAAACCAAUAAUAAUAAGAAGAUGGAAAAACACCAGCAGGUGGGUAUCAAUAGGAUGUGAGAGCCUUUGACAUCGCUGUAUAGAUACGAAAGCAAAGCUGUGCCAAGGAAAAACAACUGCAUCUGGAGCAGAGACUGAUUUGAGAAAGAUGUGUCAAUAUUAUUAUUAUUAUAUAUAUAUAUAUUGUAUAAAUAAUGACUUUUGAUUUCUCCCAUUGAUUGAGCAUGGCCCUGGCCCUGUUUUUGAGAUUCCAUUGCAUAUCUGUGUUUAGUGUUGAUAAAACAAGAUAAAAAUUGCUGAAGUUGCACCUGUAAAGUGUUUUUAUUUAAAUUUAUUACAAUUACAAGUUUGUGAUACGAGGUAUGUAGAAUGGAGACCUCAGUACCGGUACAGUAAUACUAUUAUCAAUAAAAAGAAAAAUUAAACAUUAUUUUGGAAUUGAAUAUUUUAAAAGGACCAAAGAAAUGAUUCCUGAUAUUCAUCAUGGACAUUUACUGAUUCCAUGUACGUUACAAUUUAUUGGAAGUAUUACAUCUAUUACUAUAAUUUAAUUUCUUUGUUGUGCAAAUUUCCAGAACAUAUAAAGUUUAAAGGGGAGUGUCCUGCAUGAGUUAAUGCUCUGUCAAUAUCUUGUAGAAUAUUAUUUAUGAUGAAGUAUCAGGUAAUACAGAAAUUCCUUAACCAAAAUCACAGUAAACUGUUGGUGAAAUUCUGGUUACAAUUUUUUUUUACACUUUUCUCUGUAUGAUACAGUAUGUGUCUUGUGACAAUAACAUUAAGAGUUUUUAACAAAAUUUUGACAAGUGCCAGAAUAAAUUCAUCCUCACUUAGCGAUUUAGUAAGUAGAUCUCUUAAAUUUAUGUUACAGGUUCACAAAGGCAACUGUUUGUUCAGUUGUAGUCAAUGUUCAUUUAAAUCCAGAUGGAACAAAGAGUAUAACGAUCACAUCAAACAGGUCCAUAUUAAAGGUAAAGAAGAAUCUUUAUUUUCAACAUGACACCUGUAUAUUUCUGUUUUUAGCUCUUGACCACAUUGUUUUACUAAUUAUAAUUUGAUGCAGUGCUCAAUCUACCAGUUUGUAUAACACCCAAGGAAUAUUUUUUUUUUUACAGUUGUAUAUUCCUUCUUGUACUGCAUGCUUACUAUUUGUAUAUCAAUAAAUCAAUUGUAAUUGCUUUUGUUCUCUCCACGAGUCUAAGUUUGUAGCAGUUCAGAUUAUCCACAGUUUCACCUGCAGCAGUUUUUGUUAUUUUAUUGGUAUCACACAUCCAAUGAAUAAGAUUUCACACAAAUAAUAUGACCAAGGACAUAACAAUCUUUUAAUCACUUUAGUAUUUUUAGAAUUUCACAUUUACUUAAAACCGAUUUGUGAAACUUGAUGUGUCUGUUAUAGGACCACCCUACAAAUGUGAUGCAGAGGGUUGUUAUUACAGCUCAGAGAAAUUCCAGGAGCUUAUAUCACACCGCAAGCAGCACACUGACCACCGACCCUUUGUUUGUGAUGUUUGCCUGACAAGUUUCAGAUUCAGGAACAAUCUCAAUGCACACUUAAAAAUUCACUCUGGUGACCGAUUUAUUUGUAAUUUAUAAUAAAUAAUAUGUAAUUUUAGUACACUCUUAAUGUCAUUUUUGGCUAUAACAUGCUAUAAAUUUAAAUUUCCCCAAAUCUUAAUCGGUUCAACAUUCCCAAUCCAAAAUUGUUUUUAUACACUUCAAAUUUGUUCAAAAUAUUCCAAAUUUGUUUGAAUUUUCAUACAUUUACAAAUUGGUAAAUUGGUUCAACAAUAUCUGAUGUUUUGAAUUUUUAUACAUUUCAAUUUGUUAAAAAUAUUCCCACAUUUUACAUUGUUAUACAUUUUCCCAACUUUCAGAUGAGAAAAAAUUUGAAUGCCCUGAAUGUUGCAGAUCCUUUAAACUAAAAAAUACUUUGGAUCAACACAUGGUCACUCACAGUGAACUUCGACCUUACCUCUGUGACCUUUGUGGCUUCUCCACUAAAUUUCAGUCUCAUCUGAUCUCUCACAAAAAGAUACACACAGGUAAAUGAUAACCAAGCAUCAAAUAUCAUAUUAUCUAUUAAGACUAUUAUAAUUUAUAUGCUUUACUAUAGUAAAAAGAGCGCUCCAAGUGAUUUAACGAGACAUACAGUAUUUGUUAUCUCCUGCUGCCAAAGAAGACCUUCAGAUAAAACAGUAAUAUUGUAUUUUUUAUAUAUUUCAAUCUUUAUCAUGAAAACAUAGGCUAAGACUGAAUGUUGCAAAUCAACAAUACAGAAAGUUUUAAGAUUUUUAAGCCCUUUAAAUAAAAACUAAGAAAAGGUUUGGAUAAUUUGUAGCUGUGACAUCAGAGACAUAUGGACACAAAUCAUAUUUAAAUUCUUAAAAUAUUUGGCUGCUGGUAAUUGGUGAGAUAUCAAUUUCCGUUGCGCUAUUUAAAUCUUUGAUCUAGCACUUGAACUUUCCCUUGUGUUGUUGGUAAUCUAUCCCCAGGUGAAGUCUAUCACUGCAACUUUCCGUCAUGUUCAUACUCAACUCCUAAAAAAUCCCAACUGCAGUCACACAUGCGCUCUCACUUGGGGAUCAGGCCCCAUAUUUGCAGUACAUGUGGUAAAGCAUUUGUUGAAAAAUCCCACCUCAUUCGGCACGAGCGUAUUCACUCCAUGGACAGGACACACGCCUGCUCACAGUGCAAGUAUGCCUCCACACGGGCAGACAAGCUGAGAGAACACUUUCAUAAACAUCACAGUGAAGAGGCUUUAAAAGCCAAAGCUGAUUUGGCCGUGAAGAAAAAAGAAUCCGCCGGGAAGGGGAAAAAAAAUAAAGGAUCUCAAGCUCAGGCUGCAGCCCCCGAGACCAGCC